UGGGGAAUACCGUGUGGAUAUGCUUCCAACCAGCGGCUCCGAGACCUCAGCGUUCGUCACUCUGCAUGUCCUCGAGUCGGUGAGUGGGGUUGCCGUGGUGACCAAUAAUUCCACUCCCCUAGAAAACCUCGAUACCAUCGCACUGAGUUGUGACGCGUUGGGCACUGUUCAGACACUGACAUGGUUCAAGGAUGACCAACCCAUCCGGGAAAACGGCAGAAUAUUUACAUCUUUCGGCAACUCGAAACUGACUGUAAUCACUGUGAACAGAAACGACACAGGGACGUACAAGUGCAUCGCCAGCAACUCUUUCAGCGGUGGCGCUGGAGAGACGUACGUGCAAGUUUACUGCGGCUGCACAGCCCCAGAAACAGGCGACAAUUUCACCCUAGGCGCUGCCGCGAUCGUGGGCAUUGUACUGGGUUCUCUUGCCGGAGGACUGAUCGGCGGAGUCUGCGCAUGGUUAUUCGCAAGGAAAAUUGGCGGGAUCAAAGAUCCCCCACAAUCCCAAUACGACACGAGCAUCGAUUCCGGACGGAACAGCACCUUGGAUACAAACACGGUGAACUCAUCGGGAAUCUAUGAAAAUCUCUCAAGGGAUGAACAGGGCGCAAGGCACAAUGCACAAGAUGGAAACUCCACUUACACGGGACUGGUUCUGGGGGAUCGAUCUGUUUACAGUGAUCUGAAGAGAUGACGUCACUGUUGAAUAGAAGAGGACGGUUGGCCGGGAAUUCACACAUGAGAAGGACAACCAUCGUGGAAGAAGCCACCGUGCCGCACGUCUCUUACUUUUUAUAUGCGACCGUUAUCCGUGUCUCCGGCAUCUCUCUCUCGAGUGUCACAUCUUCACUCCGAGACAUCACUGAAGGGUGUGACACAUUUUUUUUAUCGUAGCGGCUUAGUUCUCUCACUUCAACCUAGACUCCUCCAGCCCAUGAUAGGCAGCCUCACGCUUUCACCAACCUUUGCCCUCUCAACUUUGCUCUGCGUUACGAUCUCAAUAAACUCAUUGUCCACAUUAUAGGCGGUUCAGUUUCUAAAGACAUGUUUCGCACAGAUCUGAAAAGUAGCAGUGUGUGACUCUCAACCUUCAGACAAGCCUCUAUUUCAUCUUGUCCGGGAGACUGGUGCAGCGGCUGAAACGGUCACGUGACAAUAAUUCCAAUGAUUCCGUCCUUCCCGUCCCGGCUCUUCGUAUCAGCAAGUUAUAAGAAUUAGCUCACUGAAUAGUGAGCGGUAUGAUGUGAGUCUCGUCUUAUCCAGCAACCAGAUUUUUAUCCGUGACAUCCAGCCCUAUUUGUUUUGGGAUCAUUCUCCAAUGUUAAAAAGUUUCAAAGGUAGAAUCUAAUGUCAGAAAAUCGUAUACUUGUAUACAGCCGAUUGGAACACGCCCACUGAUACAUAAUGCAUAGCUAUUGCUCUCUAUAUUCAACUUUCUCAUCCACGAUUUCACCGCUGAAUGAUUUAAUUGUUUCCCAACACUCACCAAUUCCGCCUUCCUGGCACCUU